AUGGGCAUCUGGGACUCCUUCACCGGCCGCAAGACUGCUGAACAACCUGCACGGGAUGCGCCCAUGCAAGACAUGGCUGUGACGACACAAUCGCAACCGCAAUUCGAGGCUCAAGACGUCAACUCUUUCUUCAACACACCCGGCGCCUUCGACCCGGCUUCGCUACAUCCCCUCGCUGGCUUGAACCAGGACACUCUGGACUACCUGUCGCUCGACGACCAAGCCCUGUCUGAGCUUCCUGGCAACCGUAGUGCCCUGCCGUCGCGCGGCUGGUCCGACGACCUCUGCUACGGCACCGGUGUCACGUAUCUCGCUGGUCUGACUGUUGGAGGAGCCUGGGGUCUUGCAGAGGGUCUGAACAGAUUGCCCGCAUCAGCGCCGCCAAAGCUCCGUCUCAACUCGGCCCUGAACGCCAUCACUCGCCGUGGUCCUUUCCUAGGUAACUCGGCUGGUGUUAUUGCCAUGGUCUACAACGGCUUCAACUCCUUCAUUGGCCAUUACCGUGGUAAACACGAUGCUGCCAACAGCAUCGUCGCCGGUGCAUUGAGUGGCAUGCUCUUCAAGAGUACAAAGGGCCUCAGACCCAUGAUGAUUUCUGGUGGCCUUGUCGCUGGUACCGCCGGUGCCUGGACUUUUGUUCGUCAAAUGAUCUAA